AUGAUACGUCAGGUUCGGCAGAUACCACGCGGGACUAAGCUUGAACCGGGCAGAAGGCAGAACCCCGACAAUUUCCACCACUACCGCAAAUGGGGUUUCACCAUCUACCGUACCUACUAUGGCAAAGAGUCUGAUGAGCAUUGGCAAGCUCUCCUAUACUCGUUGAGGCAUCAGACUAAACUGGCAUUUGGAGCGUUUGAGGAAGAGGAUGAAACAAACCAAGAUGAUAUGCGACAAGUUCAGGAACUAUUUUAUCUGGAUGUCCGUGAUGAUCCCUCUCUGCUGGGCGGACUUGAUGUUCGAGGGCUUCGUGAGUUCUGCAAUACCGAAAAGUUCAAAGAGACCAAGGCCACAAGGGAAGGUAAUCUCGAGUACUGCGUGAGCACAAGGCCCCACGAGAGUCGAGCUAUGGCAGAUUAUAUGUUCAAUUUUGUUUUGCUCGCCGAUGGAGCUGUUCUGAAGGAUAUAAAAAACGGCGAAUACGUCGUCAAGGCCAUCUCGUUGUCCUGGGAUGGCUAUUCGGGAUGGGGAUGGAUAAGAAUCCCAACAGGCUAUCUCUUGGAGUUGUGGAUAUUUCUGAUGUGGAAUAAACAUCGUACCGAGUUUUGUCUUCGCUGCGACGGACCUGAAGCAUAUCUCGAGGAAAGUAUUUGGCCUGGGGACAUGGCACUUUUUGAUACGGGAAGAUGUUCAGAAGUUCGCGACUGGCCUUAUUAUAGCAACCAAAAGGAUGAUAUGUGGUAA